CUGCUAAUUAAUUAUUUCAUUUUUAAAAUUAUUUAUUGAAAGUUCACAACGCGACAGUUGAUGUUGGCGAGAUAGCUUUAAAAAACAGUUUGUUUAUUUUUUUUGUAGUAAUCACCGUUGAAUCAAUCGGAUUACCAUGGGAAAUAAAGAAUCUACAGAUCUACCUCAACCCCCUCUAACAGAGCACGUCGCCAGCAAUGACCCACAAUUACAGAUGUACAACAAUUUUGGUUUUGUUGAAGACGGUGGUAAGUGUGAUAAACAUGAUCGAAGUGUUUUUGUGAUCGAUGGAUAUAACAAUAAUGAUAGCAUCAAAAAGACUAAACCUGAUGACUUUGCUAACCAAAGUAUCAAAGAUAAACACGUACCAUCUGGUCCUGAUGAAGCACCUCCAGCACCACAACCACCAGGAAUUAUUCAAGUGACUGCUGACUCUGAAACAAAAGCAGCUAACAUACUGGAGUUGAUCAGAAGAUCGUUUCGUCGUAAAAGGCGAUUAAGUCUUGGUGAUACACCAUAUGGGCUUACUCAGGCUGCAACAGAAUCUACAGAAGAAACAGAUGAUCAAGAUAAGUUUUUACUGGGAAGGGCAGAAGCUAGGGAUGCCAGUAUUCAGCAUUUAGUUCGAGCUAAUAAUCUUAGACGUAGUAUCAGAAUUACCCAAGUAGCACCUUCUAAUAGUAGCAUACGCGAAGAUGGCGAAGAAAAAUGGAAAAUGCCCAUCAACGACUUCAGUUCCAAAAGACAAGGACCUAAUUACAAACAACACUCCAAACGAAUGAGAUCGUACUAUAAGGCUCAGGAUGAACUGAUUACGUCAUUUGAAGAGAUACAGUUGCAGAUUGAAGACGCUAUGGAUAACAGUGAAGAUGUAAUCAGACUGAGGAAACAAGCCAGUUGUUACGCAAAGAUGACCUUCGCUCUUAAUUUGUUGUUAUUAAUAGCUAAGACAGUAGCUAGUGUGAUGUCCGGUUCUAUAGCCAUUAUAUCCAGUUUAGUUGAUAGUGCUGUAGAUUUAGUAUCUGGUAUUGUUCUUUGGUGGACGAAUCAUGCUGUGAAAAAACGAAAUAUUUAUGCUUAUCCACAAGGAAGAACGAAGUUAGAACCCAUUGCUAUAGUGAUAAUAUCUGUUGUCAUGGCACUAGCUUCUUUACAACUGAUACGUGAAUCAAUUGAGAGAAUAGCUGCCUUGACAGGUGUAACGUAUGAUUUACCAAAUAUGGAAAUACCCACAAUGAUUAUAGCCGGUUCAACAGUUGUUAUAAAAUUUAUUAUGUGGUUGAUGUGUAGAAGAAUUCAAAGUCCGUCUGUUCAGGCCUUAGCUCAAGAUCACCGAAAUGAUGUUCUUUCUAAUACAGUUGCUAUUAUUUGCGGCUACCUCGGUUCUAUGGAGAUGUUUGAGAAGACACAUAUAACAGAGUUCUCAUUUGUUGAUCCCGGUGGUGCCAUAUUAAUUAGUAUGUAUAUAGUUUUCAACUGGUGGAAAACGGGAAAAGAUCAAAUCAAGUUAUUAACAGGACAUUCAGCCCAGCCAGAUUUUCUCAGUAAAUUAACUUGGAUUAGUGUGAACCACCAUCCACGUAUUCUAAAUAUAGACACGGUUAGAGCUUUUCAUUUCGGAAAUAAUUUCCUGGUGGAAGUGGACAUUGUCUUGCCUGAACAAAUGAAGCUAAAGGAAGCUCAUGAUAUUGGUGAAUCGUUACAACAGAAACUUGAAACAUUACCAGAUGUGGAGAGAGCCUUUGUUCAUUUAGAUUACGAAUUCAAUCAUAGUCCUUCUUCAGAACACAAAGUAGUGUAGUGCCGUCCAGUUCUUUGGGGCAUAAUAUAUUGUAGAAGUCUGGUCUUAGGAUGCAUCUACUUCACAAUAUAAUCAUACUACUCGCAGUGUUUCACAGGAAAGAAAAUCAAGAAUUGAGCGAAAGACGCAAUAUUAUUAUUAUAUGAACUUCGAUAUACAAUAAAUGUCACCUGUUAAUUGGCUACCUGUCUUGGCAUAACCAUGGUUAGUAACUUGUGGCCUAAAAAACAUUUCAAACUGAUCUAUGACGUUUUAUUUGACGCGAGAGGAUUGUAUCGCCGACACACGUAUCGAAUCAGAUCCGCAAUACAGACACACCCACCGAUAAGAUUUACCCGUGUUACGUGGGUAGUCAUGACAUGUUACGGACCAUGGUUAUGCGACGAUGUAAUCUACAAUUCCAGCCGAUAUGUAAGGUCGAAAAUGACUUAUCCUUAGGUGGGGAAACUGUGAAGUCCGGCGGAUCAUAUUCGACAAACCUCGAUAAGAAUAUCGAUUUAUCAAUUAGUGGUUUACACUUGCGUGUUGGCUGUUAAUAAUCAUCAUUACUUGAGCGACGAUAUUUAUUUCAAUAGUUUACGAUGAGCUAUCAAACUCUAGAUUUGUCCCACCUAUAGGAUUAUAAAUAGCAGAAAAAUAAUAUGGGUGUACACUGUACAUCAGCAGUCUAUGAUAUCUUGCAAAGAAGGGGGAAGGCAAAUUAGCGCAGGUGCAAUAAAUAAUUUCAACUGUAUUAAAUACUAAUAUGAAUUAUGGUGUCAAAAUAGCAGAACCAUUGGAGAUUACGUUAUCUAUAUCAACGCACAAGAUGUAUGCAUUUUAAAUUUGAACAAUUGAUUAAAUGUAUGAAAAUAACAUUUGUAUAUCUUAAUAUACAAAUGUUAAAAUGCAAUGAUUGUUUUCCAUAUAAUUGUGACCUGUGUAUUUCCAUAACUAAAUGCCAUUAAUACAGUUUAACAGUAUUGAGAUUGGGAUUAAUUAUAGCUAAUGAAUAUGUAUUAUACUAUCUAAGUAAUCUAGUCUUUAAUUUGACAAAUUUAAUUUCGUUUCGGGUCUUAUCCGACUUUUACACUCAAUGUAGUAUAAUAUCAGAAAUAACCGAAACGAAAUUGGAAUUUUAUUCAGUUUGUUAAUUGGGAUCUUUUAUAGUUGAGUGGGCCGACGUCAUGACAUCAAAACGGCCUAUAUAUUUAUUUAAUAUCUAGAUUACAGGGCUAUUAAGUGGUAAUAACAUGCUUACUUUGUGUUGAAUUUUGAUCGAAUAAAUAAAUGUAAAUAGAAAAAAUAUAACCACAUUCUAUCGUGAAAAUAUUAUUGGAUGAUCACCUGAAAAUUAUUACAUAUUUCAUGAAAUAUAUAUGAAUUGUUUUUAUGAUUAUUUGUUAUAAAUGUUUAUAUUAUGUUAAACGGUGUAAAGUUAAAGUAAUAAAAUAAUUAUACAAAAGUA